AUGGCCACCUUUAGGAUACUCGACACUUACAAGGCAUACAAAGUCCGCGAGCAGAAAUUCACGGGAUGGCUUCGGGAGAAAGCAGGGAAGUUAGGAUACUUUGAGUCCAGGCGCAAAACCCAGCCUCAGAAUAAGAAGAUCAAAGACCGCAAAGAAAGCGUCCUGAACUCCAUAAAAGUCAGCGAGAUCCCCAAUCUCAUCCAGUUGAUUGUGUCUCGCGGCGAAGACGUUCCCGAAUACCUCGGCGAUGUUCUCCGCGAUGUUAUUUCUCAGCGGAAAGAGGCCUCUGCCUACUACAAACCGCAGGGCAAAGCUGAUGAAGGCCAUGCGCAUUACAUCGAAGUCCUCGAAGGGGCACUGAAGACUUUCGAGAGCUCAGGAAGGAUGUCUGUGUCUGAUCUGUCAGUCGCGAAGACAGCAGCGCCUGGACACAGUAAGACCGAUCUGGCAUUCAACAAUGUCUUCGAACUCUUGCAAAUGGAGGACGCGAAGAAUGAAGCGAUCGAAGCGGGCAUGAGUGGGAACGAAUCUGAAAAGGAGAGUCAAAUCACCAAUGAGAGCCGCCGGACGAAAGCCAAGCCCAAGAGGAAAGGAAAAGGAAGGAGGCCGCAGAAGCCUGUAAAGCAAAAGGUCGGUGAGAAUCCAAAGCCGGUUACCAAUUCCGAGCACUUGGACGCCAUCCUCGACCAGGGUAUGGAUUUCGACGACGGCGAAGAUGAUUUGUAUUUCAUGAUAUAUUGCUUCUUCAAGGACUUUAAUACUACCCGUGAGCUCAUCCAAGAGCAAUGGUGCGACUAUCUGGAGGGUACUCUGGCGCUGAGCACCAUCUCCCUCGUUACGAAUACUGCCUAUGAACUCCUUCAGCGAGCGGAAAAGGAGCUCAUCGCUCAAAUCCCAAGUCGGAGUGGCCUUCGAAGCUACCAUAACAUGGCCAAUAUGCUUUUUAUGGAUGUCGGAUUAGCCCAUGUCGACUAUGACGAGAAAACGGCCAAGUACGAGGGCGACCAGGCGAAGAUGAACAACGCUAUUUAUGAGGAGGCCGACUGGUUAUGCCUCCCGAGAUAUUGGGACCUCUUCGAGUGGUUGAAAAAUGUCCCUCCGAGGAAAGUAACGACCCAACCGGCUUUCCUGCAUAAGCCCAUCAUUUACCAGGCUGAGGGUGCCGAGGAGAAAAUGGCCCGUGAUAGACAGAUUUUGUACGAGAUGAUUGUGGAGUGCACUCUAAUCAAGCCUCUAAAAAGCGACCCUAAUUUUCAGAUACCGGGCGAAGACGAAUUUACAGUAGGCCUUGUGGAAAUGCUGGCAUCAAGAGAUAUACCGAUAUGGCUCGUUCUCGCUUCCCAGAUCCAUUGCGAUGUCAGGGGACUCUUGGAGGAGUAUAAUUGCCAUGAUCAAGUAUUGGCCAUGGGAGAGCGCGUUCAAAGUAUUAUAGGGGACUAUAUCACCUUUGCAAAGGAUUUUGAUAUUCCAAUCUGGUCUGUGAUCGAAACUACCGUUGAUGAAGUCUCCUGUUGGAUUAUCGACGAUUGCAUGGAGCCACAUCGAACAGAUCUCCACGUUUCUCAUGGGGAGUUAGAGGAGGACCAAGAGAAAUAUUAUUACUUACGACGAAACCCCGUCCUCUGUGGACUUAUAAUUUUCAGGUUCUCUCUGACCAUGAAUGAAAUCGGUCUGCUGAACUCGAACCAGUGGGGAGCUACUAUUGCCGCAACACAUACAUACAACGCUCUGCGCCACGAGCUCCCAUUCUUCCCACGCUGGUUAGACAUGGAAGCAUUAAUUCUAACCCACUCUGUCCAACGCAUCUUCUGGCGCGACCACCUCCCUUCAAAUCCAGGCCAGUACUCCCGCAGCUACGAUCGCUCCACGGGAAUGAGUGACAUGCUCGCCCAACGCAAUAGCGGAACAAUGAUCAUCAAGCCCAAGAAAGUUGAAGAACGAGGCAUAGCUCCUGCCUCCGUCGUCUCCCAACAGUAUUGGCGGCGUUUCUGCUUCAAUCACGAUAAACCCAUUCGCACACUCCCGAACGUCGAAGUGGUGCUCAACCUAGCGGCCAGAUGCGAAAUCGAGAAAUCUCUCGCAGGAUGGCAUGAUCUCCUCUUAGAAGUCGCUGAUUCCGAUUCUCCGUUCAACCCUGGUGGUAAUCUGGAACUGUCAAUAUCAGGCCAACAAGCCCAGCUAACAGCUCAAUUCCAAACAACCCACACGCUAACAAACGUCCAACUCCUCUCUGCGCUCUGCACCCGCGUCGCGCAGGAAGGCUUCGCUCUGAAUUUCGACUACUUCUCCUUCCAUAUGCGCUGCAUGCGCGUUCUAAAAGCCAUCUAUGACGAAUUUGAAUCUGAAAUUGUAGCGGCUGGAGGGGAACUGGAUUGGGGCAGGGCGGAGUUGCCCGUUGUCCCGCAUUGGAUUUUCAUCUGGAUGGAGGGCGAUGAUGAGAAGAAGGCCUUGGUCUUGGAGAGGUUGAGGUCGGCCAUGGAGCCGAUUGUGAGUAGUGAAGGGGCGAACCAGGUUAAAUAUUUGCGGGAUCUCUUCGGACCUGGAAAGAUGUUGAAGGGUGUUGGCCCUACUGGGGAUGAGUAA